AUUAACGAAAUUUCUCUGGAGAGAUGUAAAAGGAGUUUUUCCAGAGUUUUAUUCGAAGGGAGGAAGAAAAGAGAUCUCUUGAUGUGGUUUUCAAAUGCCAAAAGUGGUCCUUCUGCCAAAUUUGUCCUUGAGAAUAUUCACACAAUGGGAGAAAUGAAAUUGACAGGCAAUUGCCUAAAGGGAUCACGUCCAAUUCUCUCCUUCGAUGAGAACUUCUCCACAAAUCCUCACUACGCCCUCCUGCAAGAGUUGGUCGCCCAGAUAUUUGGUGUGCCCAACAACCACCCCAAAAGCAAGUCCUUCUUCGACCACGUCUACACAUUCAGCGUCCUGGACAACAGGAUAUGGUUCAGAAACUACGAGAUCCUGAGUGAAGAUGGAGGAUUGGCAGAGAUAGGCCCCAGAUUUGUUUUGAAUCCAGUGAAAAUAUUCGCCGGGAGUUUCGCAGGAGAAACCCUCUGGGACAACUCCUUCUACAUCUCUCCAGCGAAAUUUCGUCAAGCCGUAAAUAAGGAAGACGCAAGGCAUCGCCGCGGACGAGAGUACCCAAGUCAAGGUGAAAGUUAUCGUUCCGAGGGCUGUAUGGCACUGGGGAACAGUGUCUUCAACGAUACCCUUGGGGAACCAGCGUAUUUACGGAUUAACGAAAUUUCUCUGGAGAGAUGUGAAAGGAGUUUUUCCAGAGUUUUAUUCGAAGGGAGGAAGAAAAGAGAUCUCUUGAUGUGGUUUUCAAAUGCCAAACGUGGUCCUUCUGCCAAAUUUGUCCUUGAGAAUAUUCACACAAUGGGAGAAAUGAAAUUGACAGGCAAUUGCCUAAAGGGAUCACGUCCAAUUCUCUCCUUCGAUGAGAACUUCUCCACAAAUCCUCCCUACGCCCUCCUGCAAGAGUUGGUCGCCCAGAUAUUUGGUGUGCCCAACAACCACCCCAAAAGCAAGUCCUUCUUCGACCACGUGUACACAUUCAGCGUCCUGGACAACAGGAUAUGGUUCAGAAACUACGAGAUCCUGAGUGAAGAUGGAGGAUUGGCAGAGAUAGGCCCCAGAUUUGUUUUGAAUCCAGUGAAAAUAUUCGCCGGGAGUUUCGCAGGAGAAACCCUCUGGGACAACUCUUUCUACAUCUCUCCAGCGAAAUUUCGUCAAGCCGUAAAUAAGAAAGCUGGUGGAAAGCACAUAAAUAGAGUCGAGCAGAAGAUGGCACAGAAGACGAACAAGCCUGAGGUCUCGUACUCGUUUAAUCCAUUGUAUGAUAUAUUCAAAGGAGAACAAUUGGUGAAGGCCAAGGAGCUGGAGGCCGGAGAGUCAAUGGAGCCACAGACGAACCAGCGGACUGCGGAGACGGGUGAGCAAACUGCGGAUCCCUUCGAAGGAAAAUCUGUAGCCGAGAUGAAGGAACGCGAGAAAAGAGCUCUGAGGAACUUCGAAAAAAUGGCUAAGAAGUCCACCAAGUCCAAAACACUGGGGUCGAAGGUGAUAAAGAAGAAGAAAAGGAGUUUUUCCAGAGUUUUAUUCGAAGGGAGGAAGAAAAGAGAUCUCUUGAUGUGGUUUUCAAAUGCCAAACGUGGUCCCUCUGCCAAAUUUGUCCUUGAGAAUAUUCACACAAUGGGAGAAAUGAAAUUGACAGGCAAUUGCCUAAAGGGAUCACGUCCAAUUCUCUCCUUCGAUGAGAACUUCUCCACAAAUCCUCACUACGCCCUCCUGCAAGAGUUGGUCGCCCAGAUAUUUGGUGUGCCCAACAACCACCCCAAAAGCAAGUCCUUCUUCGACCACGUCUACACAUUCAGCGUCCUGGACAACAGGAUAUGGUUCAGAAACUACGAGAUCCUGACUGAAGAUGGAGGAUUGGCAGAGAUAGGCCCCAGAUUUGUUUUGAAUCCAGUGAAAAUAUUCGCCGGGAGUUUCGCAGGAGAAACCCUCUGGGACAACUCCUUCUACAUC